AUGCAAUCCCUUCAACUCCAUCACAUCUCGCGGCCGAACCCUCAUGAGAUUGCCGAGGCUCCGGGCAGCCUGACAAAGGACAGAGGUAUAGCGAUUAAUCUUCGAGAUCAAGCGAAGGAUGACAAUAUCCUGUUGGACAGAGACCACACUGUCCUUUCUAGGUCUAGUACUUGCGGCAGAGGGGAGGUUGAUGCAGAAAACCGGUUCCAUCAGCUCGGCUGGAAACGGCUUUUGAUCAUCCUUAUCAUAACGGCUAUUACUCUGGGCACACUUAGUCUUCCUUCAGCUUUUGCCACGCUUGAUAUGGCCAUCGGCACAGUUGCUUGCGUUCUUCUUGGCCUUGCGGCCAUGUACGCCAGCUACAUCAUCGGAGAGGUUAAACUCAAAUAUCCUCAGACGAAACACUACGUUGAUAUGGGACGGUUGCUGAUGGGCCGUUGGGGAUACUAUAUCUUCAGUUUCGCUUUCGUUGCGCAACUCAUACUGGUUGUCGGGUCCCACUGUCUCACUGGAGGGACUGCUUUCGUCGCUGUCAGUGGCAGCAGUAUUUGCUCCUUGGUCUUCAGCAUCGCAUCAACCGUGGUAUUGAUACUUCUCGCAAUUCCGCCAUCAUUCGCCGAAGUCGCAAUUUUAGGCUAUAUCGAUUUUAUCUCGAUUGUCGCUGCGAUGACUGUAACAAUCAUCGCUACAGGGAUUCAAUCCUAG